GAUCCAAUAUGGCGCCGGCCGCAGCGUCACGCCAGUAAAACAGAUCCAGCAGCAGGGGUGCAGUCAGCUGACCACCGCCUGCUGUCACGCAUCGCAACCCGCUCAGUUCUGUCGAGGCAAGAACGGAUCCCCGAGUCAUUUCAUAAGUUCAGUCUGUCCUAGCCUGCAAAGAUGGACAUGUCCAAGCUGGCGAAGAUUCGGGAUGAGGAGAGGGAGAGCGAGUUUGGAUACGUCCAUGGAGUCUCCGGCCCUGUGGUGACGGCCACUGCCAUGGCGGGGGCGGCCAUGUACGAGCUGGUGCGCGUUGGCCACAGCGAGCUGGUGGGAGAGAUCAUCAGGCUGGAGGGGGACAUGGCCACCAUCCAGGUCUACGAAGAGACCUCCGGCGUGUCGGUGGGGGACCCCGUCCUGCGCACAGGGAAGCCUCUCUCUGUCGAACUGGGCCCCGGGAUUAUGGGCUCCAUCUUUGACGGCAUCCAGCGGCCCCUGAAGGACAUCAACGACAUCACCCAGAGCAUCUACAUCCCCCGCGGAGUCAACAUCGGAGCCCUGAACCGGGACUCCAAGUGGGAGUUCACGCCCAGCAAGAGCCUGCGGGCAGGCAGUCACAUCACCGGCGGGGACAUCUAUGGGGUGGUGUAUGAGAACUCCCUCAUCAAGCACAAGAUCAUGCUGCCCCCCAGGAACAGAGGCACCGUAACCUACGUGGCCCCCCCUGGGAACUACGACGUCUCUGACGUGGUGAUGGAGCUGGAAUUUGAGGGCGUGAAGGAGAAGUUCACCAUGGUGCAGGUGUGGCCUGUGAGACAGGUCCGGCCCGUCACCGAGAAGCUGCCCGCCAACCACCCCCUACUGACGGGCCAGAGGGUCCUUGACGCCCUCUUCCCGUGCGUGCAGGGUGGAACCACCGCCAUCCCCGGAGCCUUCGGCUGUGGUAAAACCGUCAUCUCCCAGUCCCUGUCCAAAUACUCCAACAGUGACGUCAUCAUCUACGUGGGCUGCGGGGAGCGCGGGAACGAGAUGUCGGAAGUCCUGCGAGACUUCCCAGAGCUUACCAUGGAGGUGGACGGGAAGACAGAAAGCAUCAUGAAGAGAACGGCGUUGGUGGCCAACACCUCCAACAUGCCUGUGGCGGCCAGAGAAGCCUCCAUUUACACAGGGAUCACCCUCUCCGAGUACUUCCGGGACAUGGGCUACCACGUGAGCAUGAUGGCCGACUCUACCUCCCGCUGGGCUGAGGCGCUCAGGGAGAUCUCAGGCCGACUGGCCGAGAUGCCUGCUGACAGCGGCUACCCUGCGUAUCUUGGCGCUCGGCUUGCCUCCUUCUACGAGCGUGCUGGCAGGGUGAAGUGUCUGGGCAACCCGGAGCGAGAGGGGAGCGUCAGUAUUGUCGGAGCUGUGUCGCCCCCUGGUGGCGACUUCUCAGACCCCGUGACUUCCGCCACACUGGGAAUCGUACAGGUGUUCUGGGGUCUGGACAAGAAGCUGGCCCAGAGGAAGCACUUCCCCUCGGUGAACUGGCUGAUCAGCUACAGCAAGUACACACGUGCGCUCGACGAGUACUACGACAAGCACUUCCCAGAGUUCGUGCCCCUGCGCACCAAGGCCAAGGAGAUCCUGCAGGAGGAGGAGGACCUGGCCGAGAUCGUGCAGCUUGUCGGGAAGGCGUCCCUGGCCGAGACGGAUAAGAUCACCCUGGAGGUGGCCAAGCUGCUCAAAGACGACUUCCUGCAGCAGAACGGCUACACUCCAUAUGACAGGUUCUGCCCCUUCUAUAAGACGGUGGGCAUCCUGUCCAACACCAUCUCAUUCUACGACCUGGCGCGCCACGCCGUGGAGACCACAGCCCAGAGCGACAACAGGAUCACCUGGGCCAUGAUCCGAGAGCACAUGGGAGAGAUCCUGUACCGCCUCAGCGCCAUGAAGUUCAAGGACCCCGUGAAGGACGGGGAGGCCAAGAUCAAGGCGGAGUACGGCCAGCUGCUGGAGGACAUGCAGAACUCCUUCCGCACGCUGGAGGAGUAGACCUAACCUUUGACCUUUAGAGUACUGUACAUGUACAUGACCUGAGAGAUGCCACUCAAUCCUCCCCCCUAAAACCCUCGCAAAGCCACCAUUCCACCCCCCCCUUUGUGAUUGGUUCCUGUGUGUGUGUUUGCGUGGAGGAAUAAAAGAGAAGAUGUACUGUAUUCAUUUAUUUGCCGCCUCUGAUGACCGGCUCUGGGUUCCUGCGUGCAAUCAUGGGCUCCCAGUUUGUGUUUGUGUGUGUGUGUGUGUGUGUGUGUGUGUGUGUGUGAGGGAGAAAGAGUUGAUUAUCCAUUUUGCAACAUGAUCCUGUUUCUGUUUACAUUGAUUUUCGUUGUCUUCUGCCCUACUGUGAUAGGUACUUUAUUGAUGGUGUAUGUGAUUAAUGGUCCAUCUGUAAAAAAAAACGAAAACUAAAAAAAAAUGUAUCUAAGAUAAAUUGAAUCUAUUUAUUGCCAGCAUUUCAACUUGAAUGCUUUUGCUGUUGUUCUUGUUGUUUAUUUGUCAGUUCUUGUUGUUUAUUUGUCAGUUUUCCUGGUUGUGUCGCCAGCUGUGCAGUGUUGUGUAUUUGCAGUCUGGAAGUGGAGGAAUUGGCCUUGAAUGGGACUCUCCGAUACUUGGCCUCCUUGUGACGAGACUCGUAGAGAAUAAACUGGGGAAACACAUGA